CUCUUCUUAUCCACCUUUCUUCACCGCUCGCUCUGGCACACAGAGACUGACCUCGUGCCGGCGACAAGGCUCAUCCCCGACCAGAUCCCGCCACCGUCGCGGCAGCAGGGGUAAGGACGAGGAGGAGGGGGGAUCCACGGAGUCCCUGCUCGCGGGUGAGCGGCGUCACGAGGGGGUGUGGAGGGGGGAGGGGGAGAGCCUGCCGGCGAUGUGAUUCUUUUCUUCGGCUGGAGGCGGCGUCCGUCGGCCUCACGCCGGCAGUAGUUUUGGGAUUUUGCGGAGGCUCCGAGGUCAUCGGGGAUACGACGCCGCGACUGGUGGUGGUGGACGCGCGACGUGGAGCUGCCGCCCAUGGCGAUCCUCGCGCGCCGUCCCGUGCUCCACGUCCAGCACGACCAUGUGUUCGCGCGCGCCACCUGCUUCCCGUCUUCGUGUGUUGCCGGCGGUGGAACACGACGGCGGCCUUCGUCUCCUUCGGAGUGGCAGCAGCAUGACGAGCAGCACACGCGGCGUGGCGCUCUGACGCAGAGCUUGGCAUGCGCGGACGCGCUGCCGCGGUUGGCAUGCGCGUACGGUGCAGAAGUUCGAGCUAGCUUUCUCCGUUCUAGGAGAUUCUGAACCCGUUGGUGGUACUGAGGCUCUCCGGGAUCGUCAUGGGUGAGCCGGACCCCCAUGGCGACCACGGCCAACGAGUCUGGAUGCAUUGGUCAUGGUGUUCCUAGCCCUGGCAAGCAAAUCAGUUGGGAGAGGGAGACGCAGUUUCUGGCGGGCAAUGCACGGCAUCUGGCGCCAAAACGCUUCUCUCGUUCCCACCACAACUUUUGGAGGCAAAUUUUACCUGUCUAUAUAUAUACACGAUGAUCGAUCCAACACCUUCAGCUCCACAACACAAUCACACACCUGUGUCACAUGGCGCCUAUCCACGUCUCUUCCUCGGAGGUCAUCCUCCUGGACGACAGCGACGACGAGGAGCUGCUUGGUAUGAACAUCGCUGACAUGACCUUGCUUGACGACCUUGACUUCUCCGACAACAGCCACGGCAACAAGAAGACAUGUGUUAAUGCAGACGACGUUGUUGUUAUCUCCUCCUCCGGCGAUGAGGAGUCAGCUGCUGACAACGGCGCCACAGACUCCAACAGUGGCAAGUCGUUUGUCUCCACGGACUCAAAUUCAAUAAGCAAGAAGAAGCGGAAGCCAAGGGCCGAGUACAACUACUGGCACUCCAGCGACGAGCACUGGAUAAUUGAAACCGAUGGAAUGCUCCGAAGGAAGAAGAAAUACAAAGGCGGGGACGUACCAGUGCCGGUGCCAUACAGAAGUUAAAAAAGGGCCCGUCACCCAGCAUCUACCGUGGUGAACUUAGUGUGUCCCUUGUUCGUGGGAAACGGAGACAUUUGAUGGAUAAGUUUCGCCAGGCGGUAAAGAUGGGCGACAAGUACAAACCACUCAACACGCGCGAUAAAGACCUCUACAACUGUUCCAUUGCGGCGUGGCCACAUAUCAUUGAAAAAGAAGCUAGUACCAUACACGAUCAUGAAUAAUAUAGAUAUAGUUUAUACUAGGAAAAAGGCCCGUGUGUUGCAACAGGAUUUUUUUCCUACAUCAUCCUAAUAAAAGAGAUAGAGGCUCAUUCAUGGUCAAUGUAAUGUGCGUUUCGAGACGGAUGCCUGAUAUUAAACAACGUUUAAUAACAUAAAAGAGAGGUCAUUGCUAAUAAUUUUAAAUA